CUAGAACUAUUGCUCCAAAUGGUCAUUUAUAUACGUUUGAAUAUCAUGAAGAACGUGCAAAAGCAGCAAAACAAGACUUUGAAAAACAUGGUCUCUCCGAUCUUAUUACUACUGAAUGCAGAGAUGUUUAUAAGGAUGGAUUUGGAAUAACCGAUUUAGUACAUGCUGCUGCUUUUAAGCAAAAACGAAUAGGUAAAAUUUGUUGCUUUAGCCCAUGUAUUGAACAAGUACAACGGGCAUGUGCUUCAUUGAAUGAACAUGGGUUUGUCGAAAUUAAAAUGUUUGAAUGCCUUAUUCGAAAUCAAGAAGUACAUACCAUCCCAAUAUAUACCGUGAAAGAUGCUGUAUCCAAAAUCAAAGUUCAACAAGACAAAAAACGUAAGCGUAACGAAGAAGAAGCAUCUAAUUCGAAAGCAGUAAAAUCUCCCAAGAUUAAACAAGAUCCACCAAAUUUAUAUGUGGCCAAAACUCCAACUGAAGCAAAAGGUCAUACUAGUUAUUUGACUUUUGCUACAUUUUUACCAGUUUUAGACGAUGAAAUUGAAAUUAUUGAUAAAGCGAAUGAAUUAAAUUAA